GACGACGCUCACACCGUGUUCCGGAGGUUGUGCUGCAUAUGACAAGUACUAAACUCUCAUCAAAAGCAGAGCCAAUCUUCACCAAACGAUGUCAUCUCUGACCACCUUAGAUAUUAUCGUCAUCAUCUGUUAUUUUGCCAUCGUAUUGUGCGCUGCUUUCGUGGCGCUAUGGGUAACCAACAGGAGUACCGUCAACGGAUACUUUUUGGCGGGAAGAUUCAUGACGUGGAUCCCGGUUGGAGCAUCCCUCUUCGGCAGCAACAUUGGCAGUCAACAUUUCGUUGGUCUAGCUGCCGAUGCAGCCAAAAGUGGCAUAUCUCCCGCCGCUUUUGAAUUAAAUGCCCUCAGCUUGUUGCAGCUAAUGGGAUAUCUCUUUAUCCCAGUCUUCAUUGCAUCAGGGGUAUGUACCCUACCCGAGUUUAUGAUGAAGAGGUUUGGCGGUCAAAGGAUUCGGGUAUACCUGGCUUGUCUGUCGAUUACUGUCUACGUGAUCGCUAGAGUAUCGGUGGAUCUAUAUGCUGGUUCACUGUUUCUGCAACAGGCAUUGGGAUGGAACCGGUAUUACUCUAUUUUGCUGAUAUUAGCACUCGUCUGUUUCUUCACAGUCACAGGGGGUCUCUCAGCUGUGAUGUACACAGAUACAGUGCAAGUUUUCAUUAUGAUUUUCGGUGGACUCAUCUUAAUGGUCAAGAGUUAUAAACAAAUCGGGAGUUUUGAAGAGCUGAAAGUGAGGUAUUUCCAGGCCGUUCCCAACGACACCCUUCACAGGCCGAAUUAUUCGUGCGGAUAUCCGAAUCCGCACGCAUUCCAAAUGCUCCGGAGCGCCGAUCCGUACAAUUCGGAUUUUCCUUGGAUAGGAUUUCUCCUUGGGCAGACAACCGCGUCAAUAACUUACUUUUGCGCCGAACAGGUCAUGGUCCAGCGGACAUUAGCAGCGAAGAGUCUGUCUCACGCUCAAGGUGGAUGCGUCUUCGCUGGAUAUGCCAAGAUCCUGCCACUUUUCAUGAUUGUUAUCCCAGGAAUGGUCGCUAGAAUCCUCUUCACAGAUUUGGUGGCAUGUGCAUCGCCCGAGGCCUGUCUGGCAGCCUGCGGCAAUGAGAAAGGGUGUGCCAACUACGCCUUUCCUUCCCUGGUAUUGAACCUCUUACCUUCAGGCUACCGUGGAGUGAUGUUAGCUGUGAUGUUAUCGGCUGUUGUGAGUAGCUUGACAUCAUUCUUUAACAGCGUCAGUACUCUGUUUACAGUGGAUGUAUGGUCUUUCUUCCGAAUCAAAUUCUCGAAGAAAGUCCCUUCAGUGCGGGAGAUGAUGAUUGUCGGCAGGGUAUGUGUAGUGGUUAUCACUGCCCUGAGUAUCUUGUGGAUUCCAGCUAUUGAGUUACUUCAAGGAGGGGAUGGUUUGUUACGUUACUUUGUUCAGAUCAAGGGUCGCAUUACUCCAGCUGUGUGUGCCGUCUAUCUCCUGGCAUUGCUCUGGCCUCGAGCCAAUGAACAGGGAGCAUUUUGGGGACUGAUGAGCGGAGCCAUCACCGGGUUUAUCCGAUUAGCGUUCGACUUCAUCUGGCCGGAACCAGUUUGCUGGGAAGAGGACACCCGCCCGAAGGUCAUCCGAAUACACUACUUCUAUUUCAACCUGAUUCUCUUCUCCGUUGUGCUAGUGGUUGACAUUGUCGUCAGUCUCCUCACCGAACCACCGCCGAAAGAAAUGUUAAUUCGUACUACAUUCCGCACCCGGUUCAGUAAGCAGAAGAGAAAUGAUGAAGACGACGACGAUGACCACGAUGAAGCCGAUGAAGCAGGGAUGAUGAUGAUGGGAUCAGCCGAAAACGCCAAACCAGACAAUCAUGUUUCCGACUUCCGCACUGUGGGGCAGCGACGGAUGAAUGGCUGCAACCGUCUUGUUGGAUGGUUCUGUGGCUAUGGAAUGGAGAGUACAGAGAGUCAGCGAAAAGCGCGGGAAGAAGAGAGGAGAAUCCGCCAUAUCAAGUCAAUCGAGCAGGAUCCGCGCGCCAAGAUCUUCCUCUAUCUCAAUAUGGUCAUUCUCAUAGGAUUGUCUGUAUUUUUGUAUGUAUUCUUUUCUGUCGACUGGAUCUAGGUUCUUAUUUGUGUUCAGGAUAGUCAAGGAGUCGUAAAUCAUACCUGUUUUAUGUAGUCCUCUUAUAAAAGCUUGUAAACGUAUAAAUAAGCUUAUUGGACCUCUAUGAAGAAAGGAGCCAUUAUAUAAAAGGAUCUGAGUAGAGUAAUCCAUCCGUAUCUUUGAAAGUUCAUGUUGAUAUUCAGCGACCUUUCAUUUGUAUAGACUGUACAUUAUUUUGUAAACGGCAAAUAAAACCAAACCAAGGCGAAUUCCAAUAAAAAGUUACUUAUCAUCAGAUGCUUUUGACGUGCGGUAGUCAUGGUAGUUAAUGAAACCUAUAAUUCCAUGCAGAUAUCGUUAAAUGGUAUGUUGAAAUGGUGGGCUACUUAUGGCUGUUUACUUAAGCAUGAUGAAUCAAGGUGGGAUGUUUUCAAAUUUUACAGUGUCAAAUUGUUUCACAUAAUUACCCUUGUAUAAAUUUGGGAAUGUGAAUAUCCCUCUAUGAUUCUUUGGCAUCCACAAGAAGUCCAUGAUCUCCAAAAGGCUUCUAUACAUAUAGCUACCAUGCCCCCAAUAAAUGAUAACCCUCCUACGAGAUACAUAUCCUUAAGGUCUAAACAAUUAAAAAUAGAUGUUGGUGAAUAAAUAAUUUUGAACCCCUAAUCGAGGUUGAAGCUUUUAUAAUAAAAAAAAUUUGAAAGGGUGCUGGAUGUCAAAUAAUCAAUAUUGAAGGGAUGACGAAGUUAGACUUCACACUUGAAAAAGUUGAAAGAGUGGAGAAUUUGAAUUAAUUAAACUUGAAGGGGUGAGGAGUAUAGAUUUUUUGAUAUUGAAAGGGUGUUAGUUUAUUUUUGUCAAUCUUAAAGAAAUGAUGAUUUUAUAUUUGUCAAAGUAAUAGGGGUAAAUAAUUUAGAUUAUUGAAAUUGUAAGGGGUGACGAGUUUAUAUUUAUAAAAAUUGAAGGGGUGACGAGAUCGUAUCUAUAAACAAGUUGAAGGGUUACAAGUUUAUAUUUAACAUAGUUGAAGGGGUGAUGGGAUAAUAUAUAUUGAAAUUGAGGGGAUGACAAGGUCAUAUGGAGCGCCUCGGUCAGUCUAACCUGCAUUACGCGAUUCAAUAUCGCAGCAGUGCUGUCUUUGAAAAUGAUUAUACAAUAAUCAUGCACAAAAACAUCCAGAUGAUGAUAUGCUUCUACGUUCAUUCACCCUAAAUAACAUUUAACCUUGAUCAAGUGACCUAAGACUUGUGCAAGAUUAGCAAUGAUACUAGAUUAUGUCCACAUUUCAUUAACUAUCUAUCGGAAA